AUGCAAUCAUCUGAAAAUCUGCUUGUUGAAGAUUUUCAUCAAAAUUUUCUCCACUUUUAUGCUAAAACCAAGGACAUUACCAAUGUUAGAUUUAAUUAUAUGAGAGAAUUAUAUAACCUUGGAGUGGAUACUUUUCCUGACAAUUAAGAAGUUUACACAAUUCAACAAAAUAACAAGUUGAAUUUACAGGCUCAGUAAAAUAAACUAAAAAAGAACUGGACAGAUGAUGACAAAAAGGUACUCAUAUGGUUGGUUGGCAAAUGGGUUGCCCUGAAUAGAAGAGACAUUAAAUCCAUUAGUGACGAAGAUUGGAAUUCCAUUGCCAGCAUGAUGCCAAGGAGGGAUGCCUUUAAAUGCAAAUAGAAGUGGCUACAAAUGCUUAAACUCCCUUUGUAAUAAGCUCCUUGGACUUUACCUGAAGACGACCUUUUAAGGUCCAUAAUAUAUGACUACUAAAAUUAGAACAAAGGAAAUAAAUGGAGCCAGAUUGCCACCACUCUAAACAAAAUUAGUGAAUCGAAUGUGCAUAGAAAUGGUAAAUAGUGCAGAGAACGAUGGAACAACCAUCUUAACCCUUUUAUCAAUCGAAAUCCUUGGCAAUUGAAUGAAGACUUAGAUUUGCUCUAGUUAUCAAUUUAAAAUGGGAAAAAAUGGGCCUUGAUUUCAAAAAAGCUAAAAAUACCAAGAAGUGAGAAUAGUGUCAAAAAUAGAUUCAAUUGUCUCUUAAGGAAGGAACGAGGCCAAAAAGCAGGGAAAAAAGAUGAAGAGGAAAGCGAAUCAGAAGAAUCUAAGAAUUCUAAUUUUCCAUCCGCAGAAGAGUUGAAUCACGAGGAAAUCAAACUCAUACAUACAAUCAUAAAAAAAAUAGAGUGGAGAAUCCAAUAAAGCGAAAACCUCCGAGAACAUGAAUAGAAAGACAUUAUCAAGGAGGAACAUUUAGACAUUGUUAAAAAAUUAAAAGUAGAAUCAAAUCUACCUUUAAAAAGAAAUUUACGAGCCUCAAAACCAAAUCCUAUUCAAUAAGAUAAAAUCAAUUUGUAAAUCAAGGAGUGUCAACUGACAGAAGCUGAAAUGAGCACUCUCCAACCAUGUUUAAUAAACAAAGAAAAAAAUUAGAUAUUUUUUGUAUCACCUGAACAAUUACAUUUUUAUCUAAAUAGAUCAGAAAUUAGUUAACAAAGCACUUUUUAAGAAAAUAACUUAUCUAAUCAAAAUAGUCUAGGCUCAUAUUAUUACGACCCUAAGCUACUUCGAUCGUUUGUCAUGCUGCAAUCAAAUGAAUAUCCUCAAAUUUAGAGUGGAGUUUAUUAAUAAAGAUCCUUUCUUAAUUAAAACUUGUUGGGUAAUUUUCAAAAUAUUAACAACUACUCCUAUCAGUUACCCGUGUCAUCUUACCCAUCUCAAGCUAAUUUAAUGGGUCAAUUGUAAAGAUGA